GGAGAAUCUGGUUGGGGUAGCAGCUAAGCCUCAGGACCACUUGCUCUCUAUAUAAGUGCGAAGAUAAGCCUGAGGAGGGAGAAGCAGAGAGGGAAGCAGCUUGCUGGGCUCUUCCUGCUGUUGAAAACUUACCCAGCCCUUGCAGAGGAAAAUUUCCUCCUGUCUUUUGCCCUGAAUGUUUUCCCAAACAUGAAGGUAAUAAGCUUAUUCAUUUUGGUGGUAAUUACAGGAGAGUUCCAAAUUUUUUCAAGUGCCUCCUCUCCAGUCAAUUGCCAGUGGGGUACCUAUGGCCCUUGGUCAGAAUGCAAUGGCUGUACCAAGACUCAGACUCACAUGCGGUCAGUUGCUGUUUAUGGGCAGUAUGGGGGCCAACCUUGUACUGGAAGUGCUUUUGAAACACAAUCGUGUGAACCUGUAAGAGGAUGUCCAGCAGAAGAGGGGUGUGGAGACCGUUUCAGGUGUUUUUCAGGUCAGUGCAUCAGCAAAUCGUUGGUGUGCAAUGGGGACUCUGACUGUGAAGAAGAUAGUGCUGACGAAGACAGAUGUGAGAACUCAGAAAGCAGACCUACCUGUGACAUUGAUAAACCUCCUCCCAACAUAGAACUUACUGGAAAUGGUUACAAUGCACUCACUGGCCAGUUUAGGAACAGAGUCAUCAACACCAAAAGUUUUGGUGGUCAGUGCAGAAAGGUAUUUAGUGGGGAUGGAAGAGAUUUCUACAGACUCAGUGGAAACGUCCUCUCCUAUACAUAUCAGGUGAAAGUAAAUAAUGAUUUUAAUUAUGAAUUUUACAACAGCAGUUGGUCUUAUGUAAAACGUACGUCGACAGAACAUGCAUCAUUUAGCAGGAAGCGUUCCUUCUUCACGUCUGCGUCCUCUUUUUCACAUCGGUAUACGUCAAGUGCCAGUGAAAUCCAUAAGGAAAAGAGUUAUCAAUUGUUGGUUAUUCAGAAUGCUGUUGAAGUGGCUCAGUUCAUCAAUAACAACCCAGAAUUUUUACAUCUUGCUGAGCCAUUUUGGAAGGAACUCUCCCACCUUCCCUCUCUGUAUGACUAUAGUGCCUACCGAAGACUAAUCGACCAGUACGGGACGCAUUAUCUGCAGUCUGGGUCUUUAGGAGGAGAAUACAUAGUUCUAUUUUACGUGGAUGCAGAAAAAUUCAAACAAAGUGGUCUGGAUUCAGAGAAGAAAUGUAUUUCCUCAGAUUUCCAUUUCAUCUUUACAUUAUCAAAGAAGAAAUGCAAGAAUCUGGAAGAGGCUUUAAAGUUGGCUUCAGGAACCCAGAACAGUGUGUUGCGAGGGUACCCAUUUGUCAGAGGGGGAAGUUCAGGCUUCAUAUCCAACCUUAGUUUCCUAGAGCUGGACAAUCCUGCUGGAAACAAAAGGCGAUAUUCUGCCUGGGCAGAAUCUGUGACUAACCUUCCCCAAGUCAUAAAACAAAAGUUAAUGUGUAGAGCCAUUCUGGCCAUUGUAGAAGACAUCAGUGAUCAGAGUGAAGGAGGGGUUGAUGGACAUUGGAGUUGCUGGUCGUCUUGGAGCUCGUGUGUUCAAGGGAAGAAAACAAGGAGCCGAGAAUGCAAUAACCCACCUCCCAGUGGGGGUGGCAAAUCCUGCGUUGGAGAAACAACAGAAAGCAGGCAAUGCGAAGAUGAAGAGCUGGAGCAUUUGCGAUUGAUUGAACCACAUUGCUUUCCUUUGUCUUUGGUUCCAACACAAUUCUGUCCAUCACCUCCUGUCCUGAAAGAUGGAUUCGUUCAAGAUGAAGGUGCCAUGUUUCCUGUUGGGAAAAAUAUAGUAUACACUUGCAAUGAAGGAUAUUCUCUUAUUGGAGACCCUGUUGUCAGAUGUGGAGAAGACUUACAGUGGCUUGUUGGGGAAAUGCAGUGUCAGAAAAUUGCCUGUGUUCUACCUGUACUGACGGAUGGCAUACAGAGUCAUCCCCACAAACCUUUCUACACAGUUGGUGAGAAGGUGACCUUUUCCUGUUCAGGUGGCAUGUCCUUAGAAGGUCCUUCAGCAUUUCUCUGUGGCUCCAGCCUUAAGUGGGAUCCUGAGAUGAAGAAUGUCCAAUGUGUGCAAAAAGACACCCCUUUAACACAGGCAGUGCCUAAAUGUCAGCAUUGGGAGAAACUGCAGAAUUCAAGAUGUGUUUGUAAAAUGCCUUAUGAAUGCGGAUCUUCCUUGGAUGUAUGUGCUCAAGAUGAGAGAAGCAAAAGGAUACUGACUCUGACAGUUUGCAAGAUGAAUGUUCUUCGCUGUCAGGGUAGAAAUUAUACUCUCAUUGGGAGGGACAGCUGCAGUCUGCCUGCUCCAGCUGAGAAAGCUUGUGGCGCGUGUCCACUAUGGGGAAAAUGUGAUGCCCAGAGCAGCAAAUGUGUCUGCCGAGAAGCAUCGGAGUGCGAGGACGAAGGGUUUAGCAUCUGCGUGGAAGUGAACGGCAAGGAGCAGACCGUGUCCGAGUGCGCGGCGGGCGCCCUGAGAUGCCGGGGGCAGGGCGUCUCCAUCACCAGCACCAGGCCCUGCGAUGCGGCACCCCCGUAGGCUCCGGCUGGCGCUGCUGCGUGGGGACAGCUGCGUCACCGGCCCGCAGACGGCUUUUCCGGCCUGGAGACCCGUUCUUUCUCCCUCCCUUCCAGUGCCCACUUCUCUCCUCAACUCCCAGCCACCUGCACAAACACAACUCUUUGUUCUCCCAAACCCAAAUCCAGAGACCCUUUUAAAAAUGUAAAUCAGGAUGAAGAAUAUUCUUGAAGAAACUCGAAUGCUCCAUUCAGCAGUAUGUUUCUAUUAAGUAUGAAUGGCCCAGCCCACCAGACACUCUACAAAUUGAUGAGGAAAAUGGGAGAAACACGAUUUCCUGAUUAGAGAUGUUGGCUUCUCUCAGCGAAACCAAAUACAAAGGGGACGUUGAAUGAAAAAAGACAGAUACGAUUUCCCUCCUGAGUAGUGAUCUCACGCGUCACCCUUGGGGGUCAACCACCACCUGUAGGGAUCCCUAUUUUUGUCAGAAGAUUGAACUGCUUAAAUGUCAGAGCAGAAUUCAUUGUGCUCUUGUCAUGGGGGUGCCUUUUGACUUCUUGUCUGAGAACAAAUAUCAUUCAGCCUUCUCUUUGAGGCUUUCGUUCAAUAUGUGUCAAACACAAGACCUGCAGUUUGUCCCCCCCCCCACCCCCCCUUUUUUUUUUCUUUCUAAGAAGCAUCAUUUCAUGCCUGAGCUAAGUGAUUGUGUAUUUGGGAAGUUUUCUCUAACCUUGUUAGACUUCUAGGUUUUUCAGGGGGUAUACAGGCAGAUUAGUUUUAAGCACUGGCUUCCUAUUUGUUCCUUAUUCAUCUUUCAUUAAAACAAAAAAGCAGCUGUGGAGGUGAAAUGAAUGGAAUUUAAAAUAUGCUUUUAUACGCAAAUACAAUCUCUGUAUUUUUCUGAUACUGAUAAAUAACGUUUCAACAAAACUUUAGUUAAAAUGACAAGGACUAGAAAACUCAUUAAAGAUACUAUUCUUUGGAA